AUGGCAGAAUUUGAUCAGAAAAAGGCCUACGCCCAGCAGGAGGAAGUUUUCUUCGACGACGGCCGUGAACUCGAGCUCCUGCACUUUGUCUACGGCAAGGCAGACAUCGAAGACAUCCGCGGCAAUCCUCAGAAGGUCCUGGCCGCCAUUGAUGAGUUCGCAAGGACGAAGAAAUACCUCAUGAAUGUGGGAGAGGACAAGGGCAAGAUUGUCACCAACUUGAUCUCAGAAGUCAAGCCCGAGACCAUGGUCGAGUUGGGAGGCUACAUUGGUUACUCCUGCAUUCUUUACGCCGACGCCGUGCGCAAGGCUGGUGGUAAGCGUUACUUCAGUCUUGAGAGAGACCCUGUCUUUGGUGCAGUCAUCGCCUCGUUGGUUGACUUGGCUGGUCUGAGUGAUCUGGUCAAGGUCAUCAUUGGUUCCAGCGCUGUUUCGAUCAAGAGACUGCACACCGAGGGCACCCUCAAGCACGUCGACAUGAUGUUCCUCGACCACUACAAGCCCGCCUACAAGACCGACCUGAAGCUUUGCGAAGAACUGAAGAUUGUGACUCCCGGAACCGUCCUGGCGGCCGACAACGUCAUUGCACCCGGCAACCCACCAUACCUCGAGUAUGUCCGCAGCAGUGUUGCUGAGAAGCGCAAGGCCGCGGAGGCCUCCUCGGACGAGAGCAACCCCGACGCCAGAUUCGGAGACAGAACCGCCAAACAGUACGCCAACAGACAGACGGAGGAGAAGUUGCAACAGUCCAAGGGUAACCCCAACCUGGUCUACGAGAGCAAGCUCAUCAACAGCUACGAGCCCUCAGGCGUGCCGGACGGCGUCGAAAUCACUCGUUGCACUGGCGAAGACUAUCGUGAUCAACAAACAUGGCUUGCAUGGGUGGUCAAAUGCCAUGAUCCAGUCGUGACAAGGACACCCACCAUGCUUACUGCUGAGUCGUCACGCUUUGCCCAUGCGCUGCAGAACGUAAAGUUGAUUGCUCUGAGCUUCUUCUUCCUGCCAUUGGAUACCUUUGUCCUCUUUUUCAGCUAUGCGAUCCGCAUCCUCGUCGCCUUUCCAGCGACCUCACACCGCGCCCGAGUGCGAUCAACGUACACGCGCUACUUCGAGCCCCGCACCGUCUUGGUGACUGGUGUUGGCAUGACCAAGGGCCUCGUCCUCGCUCGCCUAUUCUUUAUUGCUGGUCACAAUGUUAUCGGCGCUGAUUUCGAGCCGCCAUUCUUGCCAAUCACUUGCGGGCACGUGUCACGCUCGAUAAAGGCUUUUCACCGUCUCGCGAAGCCUGAUGGCACCAGAGAAGGCUCGUCUAGGUACUGUCAAAGUAUUCUGGACAUUGUCCGAAAGGAAAAGGUCGACUUGUGGGUCAGCUGUUCCGGUGUCGCGAGCGCUGUUGAGGAUGGCCAAGCCAAGGAGAUGAUCGAGCUGCUCACAAAGUGCAAAGCAGUGCAGUACAAUGUAGCCACUACACAGAAGCUGCAUGAAAAGCACUCUUUCACCGAGUACACAAAGUCUCUCGGCCUCACGGUUCCAGAGACUCAUACCAUUACCUCCAAAACUGCCGCUCUACGAGUCCUCGAGGAUGUGCGACCUUCGGGCAAGAAGUUCAUCAUGAAGUUCAUCGGAACCGAUGAUUCUGUUCGAGGUGACAUGACCUUGUUGCCCUUUGACUCGGUAUCUGCAACAAAAGCACACAUCUCUCGCCUUCAUAUUUCUGAGAGCCGCCCGUGGAUUCUCCAGCAGUUCAUUGAUGGCCCCGAGUACUGCACUCACGCCUUGGUCGUUCGUGGCGAAGUCAAGGCUUUCACUGCUUGUCCUUCUGCCGAGCUGUUGAUGCAUUACGAAGCACUUCCCCCAGAUUCCUCUCUGAGCCGCAACAUGCUGCGCUUCACACAGGAGUAUGCAGCAAGCGACCCCGAGAACUUCACAGGCCAUCUUUCUUUCGACUUCUUGGUGGACCGAAAGGAUGCUGAGCGUGCACAGAGAGACCCCAACAUGGUCGUCACGCUGUACCCGAUCGAGUGCAAUCCUCGUGCGCACACCGCCGUUGCUUUGUUCAACAGCACACCAGAAAUGAUUGAGAAGGGAUAUAUGUCUGUUCUCGAAGAGCCCACGACACCCGUGAAGGAAGGAAGCAAUGGAGCUUCCUACACACCGCCCGUAUAUCCCCACCAACCCGGCAAGUACUACUGGAUCGGUCACGACCUGACAACCUGUGUCAUACUACCCACCCUUUCACUCCUCAAGAUCCACGGCAACAGCUUUGGCGAGGCUUUUGAACACUUCGGUACCUUCCUUGAGCAUCUGUUCUUCUGGAGAGACGGCACUUACGAGAUCUGGGACCCACUUCCAGCUUGGUGGCUGUAUCACGUCUACUGGCCGUUCCAGUUCGCUAAGAGCUUACUCACAGAUUUCAAGUGGAGUCGAAUCAACGUUAGCACCACAAAGAUGUUUGGCUGUUGA